GAGACGGCUCUGUCCGACUGCAUCUCUCUCUGUCUUUCUCACAUUUUCUUUUCGAUGAUUUUCUCGGGAAAAUUCGAAUAGAAAGUGCGCAAACUAGCAGAGGAAACGUUACGAUCGUCAUCAAACAUCUUCGUCCUCACGAUAUAUCUCUUUCCUUUUCCACGCACCGUCUGAAUUGGCAUUAGGACUCCUGCAUCUUUUCUCAGCUGCAUCCGCGUUGUCUCCGCCGAAUUCCAGGCAAUCUCUGAUUCUCCUUUCUCUUUUUGUCCACUAAAAAGGUUAUUCCAAAAGCUUCUCUUUUAGUGCGCCCUAUCGUACUUUUUCCCUCCAUAUCCACGCAUGAGGUCCUGCGAGUACGUUUAAGUCAAAGUGCCAUUGGAUUUAUCGUUUGUUUGGAAUUCGAAGAGAGGCAGGGAUCUGAAAGAUGGACAAGAAGAAAUAUCCGAUCGGACCGGAGCAUUACACGCUUUACGAGGCGGUAGGGCAAGGUGUCAGUGCUUCGGUUCAUCGUGCUUUGUGCAUACCGUUCAAUGAAAUCGUCGCAGUCAAGAUUCUUGAUUUUGAACGCGAUAACUGUGAUCUGAACAACAUUUCUCGUGAAGCACAGACGAUGAUGCUGAUUGACCAUCCCAAUCUGCUGAAAUCACAUUGCUCCUUUGUUAGUGAUCACAACUUAUGGGUUGUCAUGCCAUACAUGUCUGGUGGUUCUUGUCUUCAUAUACUAAAAGCCGCGUAUCAAGAUGGUUUAGAGGAGGCUGUUAUAGCUACAGUAUUGCGCGAAGCCUUGAAGGGCUUAGAGUAUCUUCAUCAACAUGGCCUCAUACAUCGGGAUGUGAAAGCUGGUAAUAUUCUGAUCGGUGCUCGAGGUGGAAUCAAAUUAGGAGACUUUGGUGUAUCUGCCUGCCUCUUUGACUCAGGUGAUAGGCAACGGACAAGGAAUACAUUCGUGGGAACACCUUGCUGGAUGGCUCCAGAGGUUAUGGAGCAGUUACAUGGUUAUGACUUCAAGGCUGAUAUCUGGUCUUUUGGUAUAACCGCUUUAGAGCUUGCUCAUGGUCAUGCUCCUUUUUCCAAGUAUCCACCAAUGAAGGUUCUGCUUAUGACCUUGCAAAGUGCACCGCCUGGGCUGGAUUAUGAAAGAGAUAGAAAGUUUUCUAGGUCUUUCAAGCAGAUGAUUGCCAGCUGUCUGGUUAAAGAUCCUACCAAACGACCCACUGCUAAGAAGCUGUUAAAGCAUUCCUUUUUCAAACAAGCAAGGUCUAGCGAUUACAUUGCGCGGAAAGUUCUGGAGGGGUUGCCAGAUCUUGUUGAUCGCGUGCAGGCUAUAAAGAGAAAGGAAGAAGAUAUGCUCGCACAAAAGAAAAUGCCAGAUGGGGAGAAGGAGGAAUUGUCACAGAAUGAAUAUAAAAGAGGUAUUAGUGGGUGGAAUUUCAAUCUUGAAGAUAUGAAAGCCCAGGCAUCACUGAUCCAGGACUUUGACGAUUGCUUAGCUGAGAACAGUAGCUCAAGUUAUUUUCCGGCACUAGAUUCACUGGAUGUGCAAUCAGAGACCCAGGAAGAUCAUGAAUAUGUCGCAAAUAGACCUCUUCAACACCUGAUUGACCGAAAUCUAAGUAUGACGAGGGUCCGAUCAGAUAAAUCUGAUGAUGAUUCAAGCCUUGCCAGCCCCAGUUAUGAUAACUACGUCUUUUCUUCUCCUCGUCUUGACGAUCAAUCUGUAAACAAUACAAAUGGUGGGAGCUUGCACGCAAUCUCUGAGAAGUCUUCAAAUUCUGCAUCAAUUCCCUCCAAUUUGGGAACAGUGGUUUUAGCAGGCAGUGCAGUUUCACCAGAUAGCAAUUCUGCUCCCAUUAAAGAAGAAAAAGAUAAAGCACGAGACCAGAUCCAGAAUGUCCCAACCAGCAAUGCAGUAGUCUCUACGCUUGAAGGAGAUGGAAUGCUUACAGAGCUGCCUGUGAAAGCAUCUAACUCAUCAGGAGUGCCCAUUGAUGAAUCUGACGGCAAAUCAAAGCCACCAGUUGUGCAGCUACGAGGACGUUUCAAAGUAACUUCAGAAAAUCUUGAAAUAGACAAGGCGGUUCCCUCUCCGAUUCUACAAAAGAGUCACAGCAUGCAGGUGCUCUGCCAACAUCCCUCGCCUGGUUCAGGGUCUGAUGCCGCAUCACCGAAUCUUGCAACCUCAUACGUGUACCAGUUGGUUUAUCCUAUUCUGCAGACAAAUAUUUUGGAAAGGGAUAACAUCCUGCAUAUGAUGAAGGUACUCGCCACUAGAGAAUCUACAGAUGGUCGUCCAAUCGACUCAGGAAGUAUACAACAACCAAGCCUACCUCCUACAGAGAAAUCAUUUCUCGAAGCAGCAAACGAGAGGGAGAAAGAGUUGCUCAACGAAAUCACCGACCUUCAAUGGAGACUAGUCUGCGUCCAGGAGGAACUUCAGAAAUACAAAACGGAACACGCCCAAGUCUGAUUUCUGUCGUGUCGGGUUACAAAGCCGGCGAAAGAGGGCACGGUUCCGACCACCUUAAAACCUGUCUGUGAGAACCGGAGAGAACAACAGCUGAGGCUUUGUGAGUCCAGGUACCUGGAUACAAAAAUAAAAGUUGGGUAAAAUUUCAUUUACCAAUUUUAUUCUAUCAUAUUAUAGUGGUUUAUUUCGGCAAUUACUGUAUAAUGUUUCCGUUGUUAUUGUUUUUUUUUACGCUGGAGUGACACAAUAUACAUGAAGGGGCUAGGAAAAAAAUGGUUUAUUCUUUAGGAAAUGAUGAGAUUUUUCGAAUGCGUGGUGCAUCUUCAGCAUACUCAAAGUUGUCUUUGAUAUAAAAAUAAGGUACAUACAAAUGAUAAA